UGUCCAAAGCUGAUUCACACUGUCCUCUGAGGGAUGAGGAGUUAGACUGAAAACAGAAAUCACCUAAACUCAGUCGAGCGACCAGCAUCUGGUUUAAAUUUGGACCUUUCACAGCCUGAUGGAGCAGCAGCAGGGGUUCUGUAGCUUCACCCCGGGUGAGUCUGCAGGCUGCCCGGCUGGGGUCUCCACCGGUCGGCCCACCAUGCGUCUGUCUGUCGCCUCGACCACCGGCAGCCCGGUGGAGCUCACCGUCCCCCGGGGAGAGACAGUGGAGGAAUUGAGGACACACAUCUCCCACAAACUCAGGCUGCAAACAGACAGAAUCGUCCUCCUGCACAGAGACAAGCAGCUGACUGCAGGCAAACUGUUGGACCUGGGUGUAACAGAUGGAAGCAAGCUGACCCUGGUCCCGGCCAUUGAAGCUGGUUUAGUGUGCUCCACUGCCAGAGCUGAGAGAACUAUGAUGGACGUCUUGGAAGGUUUAACAGAAGUCCAGAUCAAUGACUUCCUGUCAGGGCGCUCUCCUCUGACCAUUAACCUGGGAAUUGGUGCCCACAUGAUGUAUGUGCAGCUCCAACUGUCCGCACAGAACGUGGCGGAGCUGCAGCACCACAGGGACUUUAGAGCUGGAAGCAGCAGCGACCUUCAGGCCGGCCUGCCCACUGCUGCCAGGAUGAGCCAUCCUGACUAUUCUAACAAAACCACAGGAUCCACCUCCCAAACCUCUACUCGAGCCCCAGACUCUUCUGACUCCACAUCCUUGAUGCAAUUGAGUGCUCAAAGACCCAGAACUUCCUUAAACUCAACAGCUCCGAGCCUCCACUCACUCACCACUGCCCCUCCACAUCAGUCCUGUCCGUCCCACUCUACACACACAUCCUCUCCUGGUCUUUCAACCCCUUCUUUGCCUUCUGGUUGUCCACAUCCCAGCAGUCCACUGCCAGCAGCCACACCAGUCUGUUCACCUGCUCCCACCGGCUCCAUACCUGGACCCCAGAACCCAACGCCAGCUUCAACCCUCAAAGAGAGUCAUGUUCAUGCCUCACGCACUGCAGAGCUGAGCAAGCAGCCAGGGGCAGUCAUAGAAAGUUUUGUGAGCCCCUCACCAGGGGUCUUGUCCGGGACUUUUUCUGGCACCUUGGCCCCUAGCAGUCAGAGUGGCUUCAGCCAUCCUCGGCGUGGCAUUGGCAUCAUUCUCCAGAUCUUCACAGACCUCCUCAGAGCUACCUACCACCACCAGGGGGCUCAACCUGCCCCUCCUCCUCCCCACUGUCCUGAUUCGAACCCUCCAGCCAGCCUGCUGCUCACAGCGGAGGAGGGGCCAAGCAAAGCAAAGAGCAAAACACUGGUGGCCCAGAGGGCAGAACACUUGAGUAAAACUCCAGGUGAGGAGAGUCAAAUGAACUGCUCACAAACACAGGAAAACCAAACAUUACACUGUAAGCUAGAGCGUCUGCAGUUUUUGAUGCAUCAGAGGCGUCUUCGCAGGCGGACUCGGAGGAACUCACGAACGUCUCGCCCGUACCAGCAUCAUCACCAUCGUCCCUAGUCUCCUGCAUGGGAGAGAUCCAAUCACUGUGAUAGCAGAGGCUGCUUUCUGGUGACUAGAAGGAACCAGCUUAGCAACCAAUGCAUACUACUGAACUCAUGGAACAGGUGAAAGAGCAGCAGAGUGAACUCAAAUGCUUUGGUGCUAUUUUGACACUAUAAGCAUUCCUGAAGAAUGUAACCCCGGGAAGGUCUGAGGAGUGUGAUUCAUGUGGCUGUCUCUGUGCUGAAAAUGUUAUUUCAUCUUAGUCUGUGAGGGAAAACGGCUCACAUUGUUAUGUCCCAUAUGCCACAAAAGGUUCCAAUGUGCAUUUUCAUGUAAUACAUCUUGGUGUUUUGUACAAAGACCUUUCACCGUAUGUUUCUUUAUGUACUAAAAUGCCUUAAAUGUACAUGUCUUGAAUGUAAACUAUGUCUUGUUCUGUGCUGAGGAUGUUCAUAUAAAAUGUUUCAAUAUUAAUAAUAUUACACACAAGGAAGGCAAAAAAGAAUAAAGG